AUGUAUUUUGCUUUUCUGUUUAUUCAGACUUUUCUCAUUGUCAAUUUCUCAUCUGGCAUUACCGCCGUUCUCCAGCAAUUAACGGAUAACUCUGCAUCUGCGCCAUCAAUUUUGGCCCAGAACCUACCGAAGGCGUCCAACCUCUGCUUCUCA